AUGAAUAUGAAAGACAUGAAAAAUCUAACAAUUUGGUUUAUAUGUGGAGUUGCGAUGAUACUUGAAGUAACCUUUGCUGCUUAUCUUCCUAAAAUGGUCGCUCCUUACAACACAAGAGAAAAAAUUCUAGACCCGAAAAAAAGACCGUUUUGUAAUGCUUUCACAGUAGUGCUUUCGCCUAUUAAGACAUGGUAUGUGAUCAAAAGGGGUUGCGAGCCAAUCCUCUUAGCACUGUGCCAGAACUCAAGCAAAGGCUCAAAAGAUAAUUUCACUCCAGAGAAGUGUCAGGAUCUAGUAAAUACUUUGCCAAGAAUAAUUCAAGUAGUUAAUAAAAAUAAAGAUGAUGUUACUUAG